AUGCGUAUUUUUGUGAACGACGACCGCCACGUGAUGGCCAAACAUUCGGCCGUUUACCCGACGCAGGAGGAGCUGGAGGCAGUUCAGAAUAUGGUGUCCCACACGGAGCGGGCGCUCAAAGCUGUGUCCGACUGGAUCGACGAGCAAGAAAAAGUCAGCGGGGAGCAGCCAGAGACAGAGUCCAUGGAGACGGCAGCCGAAGAGGAAAACAAGGAAGGAGGGGAUCAGAAGGCCACGGAGCAGCUGACUAGGACCCUGCGUGGAGUGAUGCGUGUGGGGCUCGUAGCAAAAGGCCUGUUACUCAAGGGGGACUUGGAUCUUGAGCUAGUUCUUCUGUGCAAAGAUAAACCCACCACAGAUCUCCUGGAGAAAGUAGCUGACAAUCUCGGAGUACAGCUUGCUGCUAUUACCGAAGACAAAUAUGAAAUAAUCCAGUCGGUCGGCGAUGCUGCAAUUGUAAUUAAGAACACAAAAGAGCCGCCGUUGACGCUGACCAUCCACUUGACGUCGCCCGUAGUCAGAGAAGAAAUGGAAAAACAGUUAGCUGGAGAAACGCUAUCAGUCAACGACUCCCCGGACGUUCUGGACAGGCAGAAAUGCCUUGCUGCCUUGGCGUCACUGCGACACGCCAAGUGGUUCCAGGCCAGGGCGAACGGGCUGAAGUCGUGCGUCAUAGUGAUACGAGUGCUGCGAGAUCUGUGUACCCGGGUUCCUACUUGGGCACCGCUGAGAGGAUGGCCUCUAGAGCUGCUGUGUGAGAAAUCUAUUGGAACUGCUAACAGACCCAUGGGCGCUGGCGAGGCUCUGAGGAGAGUUCUUGAAUGCCUUGCCUCGGGAAUCGUUAUGCCAGAUGGUUCUGGUAUUUAUGAUCCUUGUGAAAAAGAAGCCACUGAUGCUAUUGGGCAUCUAGACAGACAACAAAGGGAAGAUAUCACACAGAGUGCUCAGCAUGCUCUGAGACUUGCUGCUUUUGGCCAGCUUCACAAAGUCUUGGGGAUGGAUCCCCUGCCUUCCAAAAUGCCCAAGAAACCAAAGAACGAAAACCCCGUUGACUAUACUGUCCAGAUUCCUCCCAGUACAACGUACGCUGUCACCCCAAUGAAGCGUCCAAUGGAGGAGGACGGAGAGGAGAAAUCUCCCAGCAAAAAGAAAAAGAAGAUUCAGAAAAAAGAGGAAAAACUUGAACCUCCCCAGGCCAUGAAUGCACUGAUGAAACUAAACCAGCUCAAACCUGGGCUCCAGUACAAACUCGUCUCUCAGACGGGUCCUGUUCACGCUCCUAUCUUUACAAUGUCUGUGGAAAUCGAUGGCAGCACCUUUGAGGCAUCGGGACCUUCCAAAAAGACGGCCAAAUUGCACGUGGCAGUGAAGGUGUUGCAAGACAUGGGUUUACCCACGGGAGUGGAAGGCAAAGAAGCUGGGAAAGGAGACGAAUCAGCAGAGGAGACGGAACAGAAACCGGUCGUUGUCGCUCCCCCUCCUGUAGUAGAAACUGUCUCGACACCCACGGCUGCUUCUCCUCCUUCAGAUCAAACCCCAGAGAAUGUGAAACAGCAGGGACCAAUUCUGACGAAGCACGGCAAGAACCCCGUGAUGGAGCUGAACGAGAAGCGGCGCGGGCUGAAAUACGAACUGAUUUCAGAAACGGGCGGCAGCCACGACAAGCGCUUUGUCAUGGAGGUGGAGGUCGACGGGCAGAAAUUCCAAGGAGCCGGUUCAAAUAAAAAGGUGGCAAAAGCCUACGCCGCUCUGGCCGCGCUGGAGAAGUUGUUCCCGGAUGCUCCUGUUGCCAUUGAGCAAAACAAGAAGAAGAGAGCCCCCGUGCCGGCGAGGGGAGGACCCAAGUUUGCAGUAAAACAGCACAACCCGGGUUUCGGAAUGGGAGGCCCCAUGCACAACGAAGUGCCUCCUCCGCCCAACAUGCGCGGUCGUGGGAGAGGCGGCAACAUCCGCGGCCGCGGGAGAGGCCGGGGCGGAUUCGGCGGCAAUCACGGCGGCUACAUGAAUGCAGGUGCUGGCUACGGGAGCUAUGGUUACGGAGGGAAUUCCGCGACAGCAGGCUACAGUAAGUGGUUUUCCGCGGGGGGCGUAGAUGGGAAUGGGCCCGGCGGCGGAGGCGGCGGCGGCGGCUCCUCCGGCUACGGCUCCUACUACCAGGGCGGCGAUAACUACAACUCGCCGGUUCCUCCCAAACACGGCGGAAAGAAACAGCAGCACGGAGGACAGCAAAAGCCUUCCUACGGUUCGGGGUACCAGUCCCACCAGGGCCAGCAGCAGCAGUCCUACAACCAGAACCAGUACAGUAACUACGGCCCGCCGCAGGGCAAACAGAAAGGCUACAACCACGGCCAAGGCAACUAUUCCUCCUACUCCAAUUCCUACAACUCGCCUGGCGGCGGAGGCUCCGAUUACAACUACGAGAGCAAAUUCAGUUAUGGCGGCAACAGCGGCCGCGGAGGCGGAGGAAACAACUACUCGGGAGGUGCCUCCUACAACACCGGCUCGCACGGUGGCUACGGGGGCGGCUCUGGGGGCGGAGGGUCCUCGUACCAAGGUAAGCAAGGUGGAUAUUCCUCCCAGUCCAACUACAACUCCCCCGGUUCAGGCCAAAAUUACAGCGGCCCCCCCAGCUCCUACCAAGCGUCCCAAGGCGGCUACGGCAGAAACGACCACAGCAUGAAUUACCAGUACAGAUAA